CAAACCACUCACACUUUCUAACCCAUCAUCUUCUCUCUCUCAGCUCGCUGCGCAGUUCAUCCUCACCGGCAGCUGAGCUGCUCACUUCCUCCUCCCAAGGCUGCAGCCACGUUGGGAGGCUGCGCAAUGGAGACCUCCGCAAUUGCAUUCCUUUGCCUCCUCUGCAUUCACGGUGCAGCAGCCAUCACGGCUGGAACCCAAGAUGGGAUGCAACUUUGGGGAUACGCAACGCCGAGGCCAAAGGUGAACAUAUUCUGGUGGUGGUAUAGGAGCCCGAAUAGGGUUUCGUCAGUGGUAAAGCCAUGGCCGACGAUCUUAUGGCUGCAGGGAGGCCCCGGAGGGUCCGCAUCCGGCCGUGGUAACUUCCUUGAGAUCGGGCCGUUGGACCUCAACAUGAACCCUCGCAACUUUACCUGGCUGAGCGUAGCGGAUAUCAUUUUCGUGGACAGCCCUGUAGGCGUCGGGUUCAGCUACGCAGACGACCCAAGUGCGUUGGUGAAAACGGAUUCCCAGACAGUCGUGGACCUGGUUGGCGUCAUCAAAGUGCUCCUCAAGAAGCUGUCCACUCUCAAGAGCAGCCCUCUCUUCCUCGUUGGAGAGUCCUAUGGCGGCAAGAUUGCCGCCAUGGUUGGUGACUCAAGAGCCAUCCGCAAUGGAACCAUCAUCAAUCUCAAGCUCGGAGGUAAAUAA